AUGUCUGCUGCCGCCACGGUCAAGACCUCUGUACCUAGCGCCAAGGAUGUGCUCGUUCCGGAAACGCUUCUGAAGAAGCGCAAGGCUGACGCCAAGCUCCGCGAGGAAAAGCAGGCCAAGGCUCUUGAACUGCGUAAGCUCCGCAAGCAGAAGCGCCAGGUCAUCUUCAAGCGUGCUGAGCAGUACAUGCAGGAGUACAAGGCCGCCGAGCGCGAGCAGAUUCGCCUGCGUCGCCUGGCUAAGUCGCAGGGCGACUUUUUCGUGCCUGCUCAGCCACGCGUGGCCUUUGUUGUCCGUAUCCGUGGUGUUUGCAACAUCCCUCCCAAGCCCCGCAAGAUUAUGCAGCUGCUCCGUCUUCUGCAGAUCAACAACGGUGUCUUCAUCAAGCUGACCAAUGCUACCCAGCAAAUGCUUCAGCUCAUUGCUCCCUACGUGGCCUGGGGCGAACCUAACCUGAAGACCAUCCGCGAACUGAUCUACAAGCGUGGCUUCGCUAAGGUCAACAGGCAGCGCAUCCCUAUUACCGACAACACUAUCAUUGAGCAGCAGCUUGGCAAGUACGGCAUUAUCUCGGUCGAGGACCUUGUUCACGAGAUUGCGACGGCCGGUCCUAACUUCAAGGCGGCCAGUCAGUUCCUGUGGCCCUUCCAGCUGUCGAACCCUACUGGUGGUUUCAGGGCUCGCAAGCUCAAGCACUUCGUCGAGGGUGGUGAUGCUGGUGACCGCGAGUCGGACAUUAACCGCCUUGUGCGCCGUAUGAACUAA